AUGUUUGCUCUCCUGAUUUGCAUCUUGACUUUGCAUCAAGUGCACUCAGCUUGUGUUGUGGUAAACAUUUGUCCAGGAAACACGAGCGUCCAGGCCGAGAUAGUCGACGUGCACAACGCCUUCAGGAGAGCGGUGCAGCCCACUGCCUCCAACAUGCUGAGAAUGAGCUACAGCGAGGACGUAGCAGUCAGCGCUCAGGCCUGGGUGGACCAAUGCGUUCUAGCUCACGGACCACCGAGCACCCGCAUGCUCAACGGAUACGAAUUAGGCGAGAAUCUGUUUUAUACGGGUUCUCCGUCCUCGUGGACCGCCGUCAUCAACGCCUGGCACAGCGAGGUGGGAAACUACCUGUACCCAAAAGGAUCCAUCAACAAGAAAUCUAUCGGUCACUACACACAGGUCGUCUGGAACAGCUCCUACAAAGUCGGCUGUGGGAUGAAACUGUGUCCUAACGGCAUCUAUAUCUACGGCUGCCAUUACUACAGAGCAGGGAACUUCAAAGGAUGGCCUCCAUAUAAAGCCGGACCCUCGUGUGCUUCCUGUCCCAAUAACUGCGUAGACAAGCUUUGCACUAACCCUUGUCCUUACAUCAACAAGUACAUCAACUGUCCCCAGAUGAAGAGCUCGACCGGCUGUGGGAACAAGCUGGUGUCGACUUGGUGUCCGGCUUCCUGUCAGUGCGCCACUCAAAUCAUUCCUAUCGCCUAA